UCCACGUCACGGAGGUGUAACAUUGGCGUCAGUGCUACACAAGGUGCUACCUCAGUACGGUUUCAGUACUAUAGUACAAUACCAGAUAUCCUCAUGUAGGUUAUAGGAAGUCUUGUGCCCACAAAGCGAAGAUAUUGGUCGACUGUUCCCGCUCUGAACGGUCUCGGUAGAGCCGUUGGACUCCGUUGAAGUGCCACUCUGCCGCAGCUUCUAAAUGGGUGAAUCAGGCUCACGCCGUUCCACCCUUGUGUCCCGCCUGCCGAUCUUCCGCCGCAGCAACAGUAAGAGGCAGGAGUCUCUCCCCUCCUCUCCGUCUUCGGGCGGAGUUGGAAAUGGUGUCCACAGCUCUUCGCCAUCCAGCACCAACUCCAGCUCUGGCAGCACAGGGAAACGCAGGAGCAUUUUCCGCACUCCGUCUCUCAGUUUCACAGCCAAGCGAAACAGCGAACCACGUGUCCAGCCAAUCAACCUAAACCUCACGCCUCCACUGUCAUCGGGCACAGAUGCAAAUGGAAACAACCAGCAGACGAUAACCACGUCAGUGUCGGCAGGAUUUAGUGAUGACAGUGUCCGUGCAAAGCCUCGCCACUCAUUCGGGUUUGGCAGCAGCAAGCAAAAGAAAAUCACACGCUCUCAGACUGAGGAUUUUGACAAAGCGUCUUCUUCGUCCUCCUCAUCCAAUCGAAAUGUGUUCAUAAACUGCAUCAGCGGCUCAGGGGCCAACGAGGGCGACGACUCUGGGUUCCUUGAUGACUACAGUGGGGGCAGCACUACCAACAAACGCCCUUCCCGCCAUAAGAAACAGUUGCUGCCCAAAUCAUUUUCAGCCCACCACCGCUUUUCCCGCACCUCUGAUCACCACAGGCCCCCUGAAGUGAACCUUGAACCACCAAGCUCAACCGCCAACACUCCAGGGGCCGGAGGGCUCACUCCAGGGUCUUGGCCAGGUGAGCUGCUGGGUGCUGGAGGGGAAAGCUCACUCCAGUCCCCUAUGAUAUCAGAGGACCGAACCACUGCCAUUACACCUUCAGAGUUCAUCCCCAUUACAGAGGAUUCUGUAUCAGAGGUGGAUGCUCUGCCAGCUCCAAGUCCUGGAUCUGGUUUAGCCCCAGAAGCUGCCUCUGUACCUGGACUGGGUAUGGAAAUGACUGCACAGGACCCUCCAGCUGCACCGGAGAACUUCAGUGUUGUUGUCUCUACCUCCCAGGUUUUCUUCACUCCAGCCCAGUCCAGCACUGAAAAGCCUCUCCUCCCUGACACUAGCACAGCCAACAACACAGACUAUGAGACUGCUAUCUCCCUCUCAGAGCCUGAGACAGCUGUUCCCUGCCUGCCUCUGCAGGAACAGUCACCAGAGGAGAGGAAGGAGAGAGAGGAAGAGCGAAGGGAAGCGAGGGAAGAGGUGUUUGCAGAGCAGAGGAGGGGGUUGGUGGAGAGGAGGAAGUCAGGUUACCACACAGAGACCACAAGUGAGAGCGAGGCGUGUGUGGUUCGCAGCGAAGGGUGUCAUUCUAACCCAGAGCAGUCAGAAAGGAGGGCAAGAAACACACUCUCAGUUCAAGAGAGAGGAAGCUUCUGUGGCUGCCAUGAACCCAGGUCCUCUCACUUGAGGAAACCACAUGCAGCCUCUCUGUGUAGCAGCGUCAGCCCAUAUCAUGAGGUGAUGCGGAUGGAAAGGCGUCUGCGCUCGUCUUCAGAAGGGGCUGGUGGGCCUCGUAUCCAUGGAAACCACAGAGAUGCCCCAGGCAUGGAGGGAUGUGGUCUGCUCAAACACAGAAACAAUUCCUCAUCAUCUAAAAUGGGAAGUCUGGAUGUGCUAAACAACCUGGGGUCCUCGGAGCUGGAUGAGGAUGAUCUAAUGCUCGACCUGGACCUCUCUGAUGACCAGCGACAUCGCCAUGUGUCCAGAGAAGACUCCAGCCAGUCCCUGGCCUCCUGUCUGAACCUGCUUCAUUCACCCAUGGACCCAUCAGGGGACCGCAUCCCAGGGAAAGAAAAUCAGAGGGAGCCCAGCCGUCCAACCAGCCUGCUGCCCAAUGACUGGAGCUCUGGGCUGGGACUGGGGAGGGAAGAUGAGCCUUUGACUCCAGGGCUGGAAACCCUUCCGCUUCGACUGAUGCAGCAGGACUGUACAGCUGUCAAAACCCUGCUUUUAAGACUUAGACGGACACUCCAAGAGAGCACAGAGACGAGUCCUGCCAGCAGCCUUCAGUCUCUCCCUAUCAGCCCGUGCAGUGAAAAGUCUCUACCAUUCAAGGACCCAGGCAGAGAGGAGGCCCUGCUGCAACAGCUGAGAGAGAAAGAUGAACUAAUCCUUAAACUCCAGACUGAACUGGAGAGUGCCAAAGCUGCCCUGAAGAUGAAAGACUGCCAAAUGACUGACCGCACGACACAGACAGAACACAUGGGGCCAGAGACCAGCCAUCCAGGCCGGCUGUCAGGACUCGGCAGCAGCAGCCUGGCUCAAAGGGACCGAAGAGCAGCACGGGGAGCGGGGGCAGCACUCGCAGGGGACCCCUCUAACCAGAAUCUCCCCCACCACCACCCACCUCUGCACAGCCGGCCUCCUGCUUCUGAUCGAUACACUGCCAGGGAGGAGCGUCUGCGCUGCCAGGGAGGUUUGGCACAGCCCACAGCUCCAGGUCUGGCUCCAGGCUACUCCAACCUGCCCUCUAUGUCAGCCUCAACUGCUCCUUCUGUCCAGCCCCAAACCUCACACCAGCCGGGUCUCAAUCCAAAUCAAUGCCCAGGCACCGCUUCAGCAGCUGCUAAUCACUCCUCAAUUCCAUCUCUGUCCUCCAGGCAGCCAGAGGGGGUGUCUUCAUCUUCUGAAUCUUUAACCCUAGGAGGAGGAGGUGGAGCGAGCCUGUCAGGAGGGUUGAGGAGAGGAGGUGGAGAGCACCACCCUCCCAGCCAUAUCCCUCGCGCAGUGGGGGGCAGCUCUUCUUCAAGCCUGCUCAGCCUCGCAAGCAGAGGGAGCCCCUCUCCGAGCAUCUCAUCAUCUGCUCAAGCCUCCCCUCCGCCGCCUACCCCGUCCUCCGCCUCCUCCACAUCCUCCUCAUCCUCCACAUUUACAGGUCGUUUAGGACAACCACCCCGAGGCCCUUUGUCUCUACAUAGCUACAGUCGUAAAAACGUCUUCCUCCAACAUUCCCUACACACUGCUGAGCUGCAGGCACUGACACAGAGAGACAGUUGAGGGUCAUAAACAUUUAUACCAUCACAGCCAUGAGCAGCCAUAUUGACUAAAGAGACAAAAUGUUUGACUUUAAAGAAAAACUGCUGCUUCUUCAGAACACCUUCCUCCCCUUCACUGUCCACAUUCCCUCGAAAUCAUCACCUGCACGUGCUCACAAUCACACUUGUUUCUUUUGUGAUCCAGGCUGCCCCGUCUUUGACAUUUUGUUCACAGAUUUUCUCGCUUAAACGCUCAUACACAAGGUCACGCACACACAAUCGCACAAACUCAGACACGCAUUGCAGGCUGCGAGUAUGAAAAAGGCACUCACCCGUCUAUCAGAACUCCCACGUCGUGUCAUGCUGACAGUUUAGAUGUGCUUACGCCCACAGACACACAAAGUGCACACACACAGACUCACAAGCUCACACCCAUGCUCACACACACAAAUCAAGCAGUCACACAUGCACUGAUACACACUCACACAGAGACAUCAUCUGUGAUAUCUCUGCCUCACAAUCUGCACAAAAACAGAGCGUUUAAACUGAGUAAAGAAAAUUAGUUGUUUUUAUGUGUGUGCAUUCUAAGAGAUUCAUUUUAUUUUAUCAUCAAUAGAAGUUCAAACCAUGUGCUGCUUUAGAAAUAAACACUUACCAUAAGGAUAGAUUCUUACAUUGCCAAAUCCUACAUUAGAUCACCAUUCCUCUUCUGGCAUUAUCAUAAAUCCAGAUCAACUUUUACUGCAUGCUUUUAAAACUUAAAGGUAAAUACAGGUGAGCAUUUUGUACCAAGACAACUAUGGAAUCUAGGUGACUUGUAAAGUCUUUUGAUAAUGUUUUCAUGUCAGCCUUCAAGUCAGUGUUUAAGAAGGGAAUCAAUCAUGCCAUAAACACAUAUUCAACCUUCUGCUCACAUACAUAAUGCAUAAGCUGUACUUAAGGUUUUCUACUUGUUUUAUUAGAAAUACAUUGGUGCAAUAUUAACCACUAUAUAUAUAGUGCGCCUGCAAUGUUAGAAUAGGAACAGUAUGAGGUGGAAAUGAUGAGUUUUAUUCCUGAAUGUCAUACCUGCCAGUGAAAUACUGUGCAUUUAGAAAGUAUUCCCACCCCCAUUCACUUUAUCUAGUUUUUCUUAUGCUGCAGCCUGGUGAUACAGUUAAUUAAAAUCUAUUUUUAUUCUCAUUAAUCUACUCUCAGUAAGCCAUCAUGACAAAGUGAAAACUGAAUUUUAGAUUUUUUUUGUACAUUUAUGAAAAAUG